AUGUCAGCGCCUCGUCGAAACGGCCUGCCCAGCUCGUGCGAGCCGUGUCGAAAGUCGAAACUCCGAUGCGAUCAUGCUACUCCGUGCGGCAGAUGCCGGCGGAGGAAGAGGCCAGCCCAGUGCAUCUACCAUCCGGCGCCCAUGACCAAGCGUAUGUCUCCAGAAACUGCACGCGCACGACGUACUCUUCCUUCGCCGGAUACUUCCUCUGCAGGUAAUACUGGUAAUACGACCCCGCCAAAGAAUGCAGAUUCGUGCAGCGAAGGCCCUCUCCGUGCUAAGCUUAUCGCGGACUGGAGCAAGAAAACCUCAUCGUCGCCGGGCACCGGGGUGCUAGGUCCGACAAGCUACUCGGCCGUCUAUGAAGAGAGCGAAGACGUGAUUAAAUCUUCAGCUACCUCCUUUCAAGACCUCUCCCAAUCGCUAAGGAGAACCCUGACUACCGUCGACGAUGUACAGAUCCAGCUCGGCGCGGAGCUCUUGCUCUUUCUCUACGAUGAUUUGACUCUGUACGAGCGGAUGGUGUUGUCCAAAUUAAGCCAUUGCGAUGGCCACGUCUUCUCCCCUUCGAUUAUACGACUCGUGUUUGCGUCUGUACGACAUAUGCUUACUGCUGCGAUCGAAGACCAGUCCGAUCCACUGCCCGAUCUGUUCAAGUUGUCAAAACGAAUCUUCGAGAAUUGCUCCAAGCCGAUUCGGAUCGAUGCACAUAUGACACCGCAGGAUUACUUCAUCUCAAUGCCUUAUAAAUGGGAGGUUAUUGCGUUGAUAUUCUCGAUCAUCGGUGCAAGCGUGUGUAUUCUUCCAGUCUCUUAUCUCAUAUCGAUAGGCUUCAAUACCGCCAGUUUAGACCCGAAAGGUCUUGCUCAUAUAAGCAUUGCUGCAGGAGACAAGUGUAUCAAAUUUUGCGAGAAUGCUGGGAUUAUGUCCGAACCGCUUUCUUGGGCUUUGCUUUCCCACGCCGCACUACUCACCCUUGUUUAUGGAGAUCACGAUUAUCGCGCUUGGAAGGUUGUCGGUGAUUUAUGCACGCUUGUCUUCGCCCUUGGUUAUCAUCAAAAGCAAAACAGCGUGAUGCUGCCUUUCUUCUUGGUCGAGCAUAGAAAGCGGCUCUUGCUCGGAGCGUACGCAAUUGACAAGGAACUUGCGACAUUUCUCGGGCGCCCGCCGAGAAUCAGUUGGCGACAUAUUGACAUUGACCUCCCCCUGGAUAUUUCAUACGAGGAGCUCCUGGCCGAGCCCGAGAUACGAGACGCUGCAAUCGCAAGGUUAGACAAGGAUGGAUGGAGUUCAAAUGGCACGGUUUCCAAAAUCUCAUUCGCUCGUGCAAUGUUUGUGAUGGGCCGAGUCAGGGAGCUUGUUCUUGAAUUGUCUCUCAAUUCUCGGAUAGAUGACAUAGAAUCCAGGAUCGAACAGAUAUCGAAAAUUGCGAAAGAAACUCGCAAUACAUUGCCAGCACGUUUUCACAAAGGUGAAAUAAACACCAUGACUGGUCUUCAGCCAGAAAUUACUUUCAUGUCUCUCUACUUCGAUCUGGAUUGCCUGUACAACGAGUUUAUCAUGCAGAGAAUUCUCGUCAAGAGAACCGGCCGUGGAUCAAAUACCCUGAAGCGUAUUGCUCAUGGGAUGUUAGACACACUACUCGCUCUCACAGGGAGUAGGGCGCCUGAUGGAACGGAUAAUAACACCGUGGCUUGGAAUGUGUCUUUCUUCGGUCUACCUUGCGCCGGCAUCCUAGCAAUUGAACUUCUCCGCCAGUCCCAAAACGCGCAAACUGACUCUCGACUCCCUCGCUCAGAGGUCAUUCAAAACCUAAGUCGGUUCGCGGCCGACCUAGAAUACGCUGUUCCCCGGGAAGCCGGCAACUACGAAAUCUGCCAGCAAGCCCGGAAAGUAAUCCGUAGUAUUUUGGAUCACGUCCUUUCUGCUCCGCCAGUACCUCUGACGCCUGGGAGUGCAGAGGUCAGCUCUGUGCCCGUUGAGUGGUUCACGAGUAAUGAAUUUUGGCUGGACCAAGAUUCGGAGUUUAUGAGAUGGAUCAAUAAUUUUGAUUGGAAUCAGGAUCUAACUAUGGCGGAUACCAAUAGCAGCCUUUGA